AUGAUCCUGAAUGCCAUUGACAAGAAACAGCUAAUUGCGAUUGUAUUACUCGACAUGAGCAAAGCAUUCGAUAGCAUAGAUACCACGACUCUGAUUACUAAGUUAGAAGAUGUUGGCGCGUCUUGUCAGGCGAUUCAAUGGUUCCAAAGCUACCUAACAUCCAGGUAUCAAGUAGUAAGAAUACAAACAACCUUAUCCGAGCCUUUAGAGGUAAAGAGUGGAGUACCUCAGGGAAGUAUACUUGGGCCACUUCUGUUUAGUAUUUAUGUGAACGAUUUGCCAUCAGUUCCACAACAAUGCUCUCCCUAUUCCUAUGUCGAUGACACAAAACUUUUAAUGUCGUUUUCUCUGCAACACCAACAAAGAGCUGUCUCAGAAAUAAAUCAAGAUCUCUUGAGAAUACGUAAUUGGUGUUUUGAUAACAAGUUACUGUUAAACCCAGAAAAAACUAAGGCCAUGAUAUGCGGUAGCAGACAGAUGAGAGCAAAACUUCCUAAUUUUCGCCUCUCACUUCUCGGUAAAGAAAUCAUUCCUGUAACAAGCGCCAAAGAUCUCGGCGUAAUCUUGGACUCUGGUAUGACGUUCGACAGCCAUGUACAAGCCACUAUCUCCUCAU